GUUUUGAAAGGUGAUAUUAAACCAGCAAUAGAGACUCAUGAAAUGUUAUAUCAAGUCAUGCAGAGGCACAAUUUUUUACCAGAAGCCUUUACUGUUGAUUUUCAAGUGCAUUGGGGUCAGCAUCCUUUACGCCCUGAGUUUGUGGAGAGUACAUACUUUUUAUAUAAGGCAACCAAUGACCCUUAUUAUUUAGAAGUUGGUAAAAAAGUUUUAAAUAGCCUUCAGAAACAUGCUAGAGUGCCUUGUGGAUUUGCUGCUGUUAAAGAUGUGAGAACCGGUAGCCAUGAAGAUAGGAUGGAUUCCUUUGUUCUAGCAGAAACUCUAAAAUAUUUGUAUUUAUUGUUUGCUAAUAAAGAAGAAUUAACAGUUGAAGUUGAUGACUUUGUAUUUACAACUGAAGCUCAUCUUUUGCCUCUUAGCUUGGCAAGGAUUAGUAAUUCCAGCUUCAUAGAUUCUCCAAAGAUGUCAAACAUUGAAGAAAAUACUGAAGACUUUACGCACAGCUGUCCAAAUACUCACUAUCUGUUUCCCGAAGGGAGAAAUUUUGCUCAAUCAAUUCGACUUCCUUUGAAAAAUCUUGUUGAAGGAGUAUGCCCUUCAAGCAAGUCACACUCUCGAACACUGUUUGCUUCAGAAUUUCAAGCUGCAAAUAAAGAAAACCUUGAAGCAGUGAAAAAAAUGGGCAUCACUGUGUUAAAAUUAUCUGAUGGGCGAAUCCAGCUAAUACACAAUGCAUCACAGGCCGAUUCCCCAGAACGAGCUGAAGAAGGUGUAAUUUUUAUGCAGGAAAUGAUAGAACUCUCAAGAGCCCAGUCUAUGAAUGAGCAUGUCCGAACUGUGUACUUCUACUUACCUGAUCAAAAGAAUAAAGUAGUUCUGAAUGCUGGUCCUGCACAAUUUGGAGUUGAUAUAAAAGGAAGGCAACCAAUAAUAUCUCAAAUAAGAAUUGCUCAGCCUAUUACAGCCUGUUCACAUAUUCAAAAUGGUAGAGAGUUGAAGGGUAAAAUUGCUAUUGUUGAACGAGGAGAUUGCAUGUUUAUUGAAAAAGUAAGUUUUAUUAUGAGAAUUAAAUUUUGUGUUAAUGCUAUAUAUCAGGGAUGGCCAAACUUCAAGAUGUUGCGAACCGCAUGAUG